UGCGAAGAAAUUUGUUCUAUUCCAGAGAGAACCAAAAGAGGAAACAUAUUGUCAUUUUGUUUUGUUUUGAGUAAGAGCACAACCUGAACUCCUCUUUCAGGGUAAGACUGUCAGAGGUUAAAGAAUUUAUAGAAAUAAUUUCAGUAAGUAUUCAAAGUAUUGUAGGGUCAUAAUGAAGUGGACCUGCUUUGACUUAGUUGCUAUACAGUGUCCAAAUGACUAACUCCAAGUCAUUUAUUCACAUGUCCCGUGUAGAAAUGGCCUGAGUUCUGGCUUGCCAGAGGGCAAGGGUUGCCCUGGGCUUCCCCCUCUGGGCUUCACAAUGGGCGUCCUCGCUGCAUUUCCAAGGCAGGGCCCCAGCCAAACUCUGGCCCUUGAUAGGAUGCCAAUCUUGGAAACCGAGCCUGGCCCGCAGGGUCGGCCAACCCCACCCACCCAGUCCGCUAAUCUCUGGAGAAACCUUGCAGCCCCAGGUGUGUAGGCAGGGCGAGGGGCCACCCGCAGCAGUGCAGCCCGCCGGUUCCGGUGAUCCCGCCGCGAGCCAAUUGCCCGAACCGCCACCGCUGGGUAUUCGCGGAAUUGCUGCCCCGCAGGGAGCCCCCGGCCCGAGGUUCUACCCAGCCCCGGCUCUCUUCAGCGGGAGAGGCUUCAGGCCUGAGUUCAGCGGAGACCUCGCUCACUCAGCUCGGCGGAGACUCGCUCACCCGGCUCUGCACUCGCCACCUAGUCGUGCGGCUGCCCACCAUGUCCACCAAGCCCGCCAAGCCCAACGUCGGCUUACUGCGCGAGAUUUCUCAGCAGAUCUUGGCCGGUGGUUCCGCUGGUCUUGUAGAAAUUUGCCUGAUGCACCCUCUCGAUGUAGUGAAAACCAGGUUACAGCUUCAGAGAUUUGUAACUGAUCCAAAGAGUUACAAAAGUUUAGGAGACAGCUUUCGGACAAUUUUCAAAACAGAGGGGUUGUUUGGUUUUUACAAGGGAAUUUUGCCACCCAUCUUAGCUGAAACACCAAAAAGAUCAAUAAAGUUUCUCGCCUUUGAGCAGUACAAGAAAAUGCUGGGAAAUACGUCACUGUCACCAGGACUGACAUUUUCCCUUGCUGGAUUUGGAUCUGGACUAACUGAAGCCAUCGUGGUUAACCCUUUUGAGGUAGUAAAAGUUGGCUUGCAAGCCAACCGGAACGUAAGCACUGAGCACCCAUCCACUUUGAGUUUUGCAAAACAAAUCAUUAAGAAGGAUGGUCUGGGACUUCAGGGCCUCAACAAAGGACUUACAGCAACCUUGGGACGUCACGGAGCUUUCAACAUGGCUUACUUUGGCUUCUAUCACAAUGUUAAAAGCAUGGUUCCUGUCUGUAAGGAUCCGACUUUGGAGUUUUUGAGAAAGUUUGGGAUUGGUUUCUUGUCAGGGACAAUCGCCUCCAUCAUUAACAUCCCUUUUGAUGUUGCCAAAAGCAGGAUUCAAGGGCCUCAGCCAAUUUCUGGAGUGAUCAAGUACAGAACCUGUUUUAAAACAAUAAAAACCAUCUAUCAGGAAGAAGGGUUUUUAGCUUUAUACAAAGGCCUAGUUCCCAAGAUUCUGAGACUUGGACCAGGUGGUGCCGUGAUGCUCCUGGUGUACGAAUACACCUACUCCUGGCUGCAGAAGAAUUGGUGAUGGCGAAGGAAGUGUUUUCCCCUCGAGCAAUGGGCACUUGCUCUUCGGUCCCAUGAGGAACAGAGACUACCAGUCAGCUCAGCUAGGCACACAAUUAUGAAGGGGGAAACAGCUAGGUCAGAAAGAAAGCUUGUUCUGAUAUCUUGACACAACUUAGAUGGUAGUUUGGGCCAUCAUACACAUAAAACUGAAAAGAAAAUUCAUAUGGAACAAUAAGGAAUGAAAGCUGAAUCUUCUACAUAGGCUAGAAAUCAGAUUUAUUUCACAAAAGAUAUAGAGACUUAGUCACAUAUAUCCUUACACUGCUUCACAGUGAAAAGUCAUUGAAAUGGUAUUUUUUUCCCUAAAAGGUCUAGAAAUGCUUAAAUUCUUUCAAAUAAAUUAUUCUGUGGCUAGUUCCUUUAAGAAUUCUUCCAAGAAAGACUGGGUACAAAUAAAAAGAAUAAAUCAAAAUUUCAA